AUGAGUGACCUCUCGGACUUUAGUGAGUCAGACUUUGACAAGGCAGCUUCUUCGGACAAGAAGAGCCUCAGCCGUGCUAAGACCAGCAAGGAUCCCCCAGCCAAGGCACAGAGCAAGUUACCGGAUUCCGAGGAGAAGUCCAAGAACCCUCCCGCUAGGAAGGAGUCGUCGAAAGGGAGUGACAGUGAGAAGAAGGAACCUCCAAAGCAUAAGAAAAGCACAAAGCAGCCUGGGCGGCGGAUGGCCAGUGGCUCCGAAUCCUUACCGGCCCUCGACAAAGCAACAGGUGUCCUCUCUCCUCCUGACUUUUUCAUUUCAAAAAUUGUUCAUGACAGCCAGUGUUUCACUCCGAAAGUUGGGCACUGCGUCGUAGAGGUUAAGGGGUUAAUCUACAUCUUCGGAGGGGAAGACCCCGACGGGAACCCAACCUCAGUUUUGCUAAAAUUUAACCCUGGAAGCAACAGUUUCGAAGUUGUUGACGAUCUUGACGACGGCCCAGGUCCCCUUCGUGGAGCGACUCUGAAUGUAUGGAGGGCACACAGCCGCGGGGAGCCAUCUCUCCUCCUGUUUGGAGGAAUCGAUGAUGAGAAGGAGGCGAAAUCCGAGGCUUGGGCUUUUGACUUGAACAAAAGCUCGUGGCAAGAGCUGAAGCUGAAGUCCAGGCCUGAAGCGCGGUAUUCUCAUGCCGCUGUCUUCUGCGAAAAGACCAACGGACUGUACUUGUUUGGGGGGCAGAAAGCAGACGGCACGGUGAUCCAGGAUGCUCAUGUCCUUAAAGGAACAACUUGGUCUUACAUCGAAUCCGCAGAGGACAAGUGCGCCCCUGCUGGUCGAUGCGGGCACUCUGCCUCUCUCUGCAAUUUGGAAGGUAAAUCUGUGGUAGCUAUCUUUGGUGGGGACCUCUCGGGUUCCGGCAAGGGCGACAAUGACCUCUGGCUCUACGAUAUCGAUAAAGACAAAUGGAAAAAGAUGGAAGACUUUGCAGGGGAGCCGCCUUGCCCUAGAUGGAAGCAUGCAGCGGCCUUCUUUGAUAACCGUCUUUGGGUUAUUGGAGGCACUUACGGUGGAUGGUUCAAGAACUACGUGAUGUCAGACUUUUUUGUAUUUGAUUUCCUCGCCAAGUGUUGGUUCAAAUGCGAUGUGGACCCAAAGGAGCUGGGGUCCCACACGGACAUCGGCUCGUUGACAGUUCUGCCCUCAAGUCGUGCCAUCUUCAUCUUCGGAGGGGCUGACCAACACGGCUAUCCCUCUUCGGAUGUGUACCGGCUUGCCCCUGUCUGCACGACGGUGACUUUGGGAUCUCUGCGGCAGGACAUUUCCAGGACAGUUGGGGAGGUGAAGCAGGUGCGAAGCGAGAUGGAUUCCACACUUCAGGAAACGCGGGUGAUGCGGGAUACGGUGUCUCGGCUUGAAGAGGCAUCUGGAGCCAUGGAGCAGACGAUCCAAGGAGUGACAAGUGCGGCGCAGCGGGCAGAGGUUAAACUCGGUGAAUUGACUAACAGCACUCAGUUGCUUCAGGACACUGUCAAGAAGCUGGAAGAAGCGCUGGCACAGAUGGACGCCACCGUGCGCUCCUUCGCUGUUGCGGAAAAGAAGUUCGGUAUAAUGGAGGUCACCAUCCAAGAGGCUCUCGCGAAGCUCGAACAGAAGGCGGACAUUAGUAGCCUUAGAGCAGUAGCAGCAAAGGUGGACCCUAACUCAGAUGAAGACGAUGACUGA